UCCAAGAAAACCAAACCAAUUCCCUUCUAAUAACCUAUUUUCAAGAAACAACUUUAGUAUUUCUUGUAUUGUAUUGAUACAUCAUACGAGCACAUUUUAGAAACCGAAACUCUUUGGACCGGUUAGAAUCCAUGGCUUCGCCAUCACUUGAUUCACAGUUGAAUGCUGAUAAAAGAUUUCGGAGUUCUUUUUCAUUCAAAAAUAGGCCAAGAAUGCUCAAAGAUUUUCUCAAAGAUGAUUCAUUUUCUUGUUCAUCAAAUGAUUUUCGGUCAGUUCCAAGAAAAAACCUAUGCAAAUCAAAUGUAACAAACAAACGCUCGCCAAUACUUCUCAGAAGUGGAUCAAAAGCUGCAGCAACCACAUUUUAUGCACUCAACAAAGUCAUUAAGGCUGUUAAAUUCUUCCCAUAUGCCUCUGUCAAAUCUCCACUAGUUUUACCGAGAAGCAUUUCCCGUAAACUCUCCAGGAGGACCAAAACCAGAAAUGAAAAUUUCUCAGAAGUCUCCGUUAAAGUUAAAGACAUUUUACGGUGGAGAUCGUUUAGAGACUUGGAGGAGGAGAAAGCUACAUCGUUGAAUUUUUCUUCAUCAUCCCCUAUUCGGACCGCCACCACCACCACAGGGUCUACUAGUACUACCACCUCAUGCAGCAAGAGAUCUAGCUGGUGUGAUAGUGAUUUUACUGCGGCCGAUUCACCAUUGUGGGGUGGUGAAAAUGAUAAAUCUUGGGGUGAAAAGGGGAGUAAAACAAGAAGGAAACUAGAGGGGGAAUUGACAUACGAAGAAGCUGAGCAGCUUACCCCAGUUUCGGUUCUUGAUUCUCCAUUUUGUGAAGACGAAGAAUCCAUAUUUCCUUUUCAUCUUAACUCUGCCCAGAGAAAAUGCAUGUUCAUGCAAAGACUUCAACAAUUCGAGACCCUCACGGAAUUGGAAAACCUAGAAGAGAGCCAAGUGGAUAAUCUGCCGUCUGAUUUCUUUAAGAAUUAUUGUCAAAAUUUUGAGAAUACUGCAAAAUCUUGGAUCAAUGGAGAAUAUGAAAAUUGCGAAGCGCUGGACAUGAAGGAGGCCUGUGUUAAAGAUAUGGAGAGGGGACUGGACUGGAAAGAGUUUAAAGAUGAACAAGAAGAAAUGGCAAUGCAACUUUUAAGCGAUUUGUUCGACGAACUUUUGGAUGAUUUUGUUGCCAGCAAAAUCUAAAAAGUAAUUUUUAAAACUAUAUUUAGAAA